GAGGUUAGACUUCCUUCCGGAAGUGACCCACGUGCUUCUUAUUUCGCCUAUCUUGGUACCCGGUAACUUUUUAAUAUUGACCCGAAGUUGGGGGCGUUGCGGGAGCUGUGACCUGCCCCAGGCCGUGGAGUGAUUUCGAGAUACUGAGACCUCUCGGUUUCCAGCUCCGAGCCCCAUGACAUCUUGAGUGACCUUGAACUGGACACUGUCCCCUUUAAGGGCCUCAUUUCCACUUCUGGACUAAAGACCAGGAGGCUAUUCUCUCCACGGUGCUAAGUUGACAUGGAUCCGCUCAGAGCCCAGCAACUGGCAGCGGAGCUGGAGGUGGAGAUGAUGGCCGACAUGUACAACAGAAUGACCAGUGCCUGCCACCGGAAGUGCGUGCCUCCCCACUACAAGGAGGCAGAGCUGUCCAAAGGCGAGUCUGUGUGUCUGGACCGAUGCGUAUCCAAGUACUUGGACAUCCAUGAGAGGAUGGGAAAAAAGUUGACAGAGUUGUCUAUGCAGGAUGAAGAGCUGAUGAAGCGGGUACAGCAGAGCUCUGGGCCUGCAUGAGGCCCUGGGCCAUGUACACCCGUGGUGCACCUUGCCACCUCUGAUUAAAGUGUCCCUAAUGGAUGUCACAUGUGAAAACUGUCAUACUUAGGCCCUUGAGCAUCUCCAGGAGCCUGCGUGUGGUAGAGCUCUCCUGGCUAAGGAAGGGGACUUGUCAUGCUGGUUUGUGACUGUGAAUGUGUGUAUAUGUAUAUAUCAUAUUAAAACAAAUUUGUGCAAA